CUUUUGGCUAACUGGCAUUUCCUUUCCCAAAAACUAUCAUAAUGGCAUUUGGACGCCUGCCAAAUGAGCUUCUGGGAGAUAUCAUUGCGCAUACAUUGCCAGAGGGGUUUGAGAGCCUGGCAUUGACUUCCAAACAUAUCUAUACACUCUGUGCACCAUUCAUUGAGUAUCACAGUAAAUUGCGCUUUCAUUUCCAGAACUUCAUGUACUACAAAACAAAUCAAGUAGUCAAAAGUGGACUCCACUUGGUUGCUGGUACCCCUGCCUACACAGCCUGCUCAGCGUUUAACUUGAUUGCACUCAUUGCUGCCGAGCCAAUUAUAGCCCAUUACAUUCAAGAAGCAGACUUUGAGAAUGACAGUAUAUUCACCUGGGGCAAAGACCGUGAAAUCGCAACAAACAUUGACCAUGAUGGAGCCGUGAUUGAACUACUUGCCAAUUCUUCCUACCUGAAGGAAGCAGGUCUUGACUGGAGGAUAUAUUGGGCUGCAAUUGAAGAGGAUCUUGAUGCUGCCGUUGAAGUGAUUGAUAUUUCUCACGCUUCCAUUGACGGAGAUGCUAUUGCUGACUUUCUUCAAAAACACACCACGCCUCAGAAUAUUGAUGCACUCGCAUAA